AGCAUCAAGGCAUUUUCAUUCUGUGCUGAGUGAAUGAAUGAAUUUGACUGCCAAGAUGGAAGAUUAUAUACCCAAGCUCACCAGGAGGUCAUCAGACUUUUGCAACAAAGUAUCAGAACUUUUCCUGGAGACGAAAAGCCUGCAUGUACUUCAUGACAUCCUCUUCUGUCCCACCAUCCUCAGUGAUUACACUUCCAAGCAACUACAUCUGGGGCAGCAGCAGCAGAAGAAGAUGCUUCAUCAAGACAAUGCAAGGAAAAGCACCCCUUUAACUCCAAUGUUGAACGUAACUUAAGGAUACUUUUGAUUUUUCUCCUGGUUGGAUGCUGUGGAGCUGUCAUGGUCCUUGCCUCCUCUCCGCCAUCCUCCUACCCUCAGUCACAUUCAUCCUCCCGACGUGGGUGCAGUCAGCAGGAUUUCUCAUCUCUGACUGUGUUAUGAUCGUUGGAGCCACACUUGACCCCCGGAGGACUUCCCAGGCAAAACAAAGGGAUUAACUCUCAACUUUCACUGUGCCCUUGCUGAGGAAAAUUCUUCUUGUGUGACACAUCCCUCAUAGUCCUCUGCUCCAUAUAUCACCUGGCAACGAGUUUCCAUCACCUCCAGGCACAAAUCAGCCAAUGUGUUGUGCAAUGGUGGGACGUCACUAAGAACAGGACCAUGGAUGAGGAGUGUGCACUAAAUGCCACAGUAAACACCAGUACCAAGGACAUCCAACUGGUCACUCAUAGUCUUUGGGAGGUGAUCACCAUAGCAACCGUGUCUGCCAUAGUCAGCCUUAUCACCAUAGUGGGCAAUGUCCUGGUGAUGCUCUCUUUUAAAGUCAACAGCCAACUGAAAACUGUGAACAAUUACUACUUGCUUAGUCUGGCGGCUGCAGACCUCAUCAUUGGCGUCUUCUCCAUGAACUUGUACACCUCCUACAUUCUGAUGGGUUACUGGGCCUUAGGAAACCUCUCCUGUGACUUGUGGUUGGCUGUAGACUAUGUGGCCAGUAAUGCUUCAGUCAUGAACUUGCUGGUGAUCAGUUUUGACAGAUACUUCUCCAUCACCAGGCCUCUGACCUACAGAGCCAAACGGACUCCUAAACGGGCUGGCAUCAUGAUAGGUUUGGCCUGGCUGGUGUCUCUUGUUUUGUGGGCGCCGCCUAUUCUAUGCUGGCAAUACUUUGUGGGAAAAAGAACCGUCCCUGAGAGACAAUGCCAGAUUCAGUUUUUCUCGGAGCCCAUAAUAACCUUUGGGACAGCUAUAGCAGCUUUUUACAUCCCUGUGUCAGUCAUGACCAUCCUCUACUGUCGGAUCUACAAAGAGACAGAAAAAAGGACCAAAGAUUUAGCAGAGCUUCAGGGAGCAAAUCAGACCACAGAGCCUGACGCCAACCAGCCUCGAAUUAUCCGCUCAUGUUUUAGCUGUAAACUCAGCUCUACAUCGCAUGACCGCAAUCAAGCCUCAUGGUCUUCCUCAAGCAGGAGCAAUGCUGCCAAGUCCACAGCCUCCAUCAAUGAGGAGUGGUCCAAAGCUGGUCAGCUUACCACCUACAACAGCUAUGCUUCCUCAGAAGACGAAGACAGGUCUGUGUCUCCUGGGACCCUGCGGCCUCCGUUCGGGAACCAGGUCUGCGAGGGCAGCAAAAGUGCAGCAGGGAGCGAGCAGCUCAGCAGCUACGACGAGGACAGCUUCUUCCAAACGCCGCCCAAAAGCAACUCCCAGAGGAGCAGCAAAUGUGUGUCGUACAAGUUCAAGCCUGCCGCCAAAGAUAUUCUGGUGGCGCAUCAGAGCAAAAACGGCGACACCAAAACUGCAUUCUCCUCAGCAGAGUCCAUGAACGCUCCAUCGAUGUCCAAGCCCAUGGAUGCUACACUGAAGAGCCACAUGACUAAGAGGAAGAGGAUGGUGCUGAUCAAAGAGAAGAAGGCAGCUCAGACCCUUAGCGCUAUAUUGCUGGCCUUCAUCCUGACGUGGACGCCCUAUAACAUCAUGGUGCUCAUUUCUACCUUCUGCUCGGACUGCAUCCCGCUCUCCCUGUGGCACCUCGGCUACUGGCUGUGCUACGUUAACAGCACCGUCAAUCCCAUGUGCUACGCUCUCUGUAACAAGACUUUUCAAAAGACCUUCCGCAUGCUUUUACUCUGCCAGUGGAAGAAGAAAAGGGUUGAGGAGAAACUCUACUGGUAUGGACAAAAUCCAAUGGUCGGCACAAAACUUACUUGAACUAUAUCAAAAAGUGUAAAUAUUCUGCAGAUACUGUACUGUAUGCCCAUUUCUGCUCAACCAUGAUAUCCUGUUCCACUUUUUUGUAUGGUCGUAUUUAGCUUUAAAACAUGUUAAAAUUAGAAAGUUGAUUCCUGCAUGCAGAAAACGCCAUGAACAGGAAACAUUAUUCCACACUGGACUGUAUUUAUAUUCCAGGUGCAUAAUUUGUUAUGAAAUCUAGAUGAUUUCACAUGUGAUUACUUGCAUUAAACAAAUUCUACUGUCCGCACACUGUGUUUUAGCCUUUAAUGGUCCUAUAUUGUGCAAAAUCUACUUUUUACUGUUGUGAUAACAGCAAUAUGUCCCUAAAGCCAGUUUCUGAGCACCAAACAUGGGAAAAAUCAGUUAUCUUCCUCACUGCUCCACUUUUGAGAGUUAAAAUUGUCUCUUUUUUCGGUUGCGUAUUUUCAUGACGUCAUGAUGGAAAAACUUUCUUCAUGGGCGUAAUACCGCUUCUGACCUGCCCCUAGCUAGAGGAGGCCGCCCCAUGUAUACACCCACCACUUCACGGAGGACUAUUAUGUUAAAAAAAAGAAAAAAAGAAGCGGGCUUCACUACACAUCUUAAAAUAAAUACAGGAAAAAAAAAGUGGAUAAAGUGCCCAAUAGUGCUUCUUGGAGCCACACACUGUCUGAGACAGGCAUGGAGAAACAUCGCACAUUAGCA